UUUAUCUCUCUUCUUCUUCGCUUGUCCUUUCUUGCAGAUAGCCCCCAAAUUGAUGUCUAUGAAUUUCUAACAGAGGCCGAAUUGCAACAUUACUACAAUGCUGUCAAAGAUGAACUUAAGAUUACAAAUGCCUCACAAUUCAAAUAUGCCACCGAUGAAGAUCUCAAAAGCAUCGGUAUGUCACGACCGGAAAUACGACGUUUACGUAAAUUCUAUGAAAAGCACUUUCCACAUGGCUACUUGAGCAAAAUCAAGCGUUUGCUGCAGGCACCCACAGCGAUUGGCGGCAAACGGGAGGAGAAUUCCGGUUGUACACCCAGCGCCACCAUGGCCAGUCCUUCGGGUAGCCUAAGUGGUACAUCAACGGGCGGAGCCUCGUCAAAGGCGAGCAGCAGUUCACCGAAUAAGGCACCCAACAAUAAGCACAUCAUUCCCGCCGAUGCCAUCAGUGUUAACAAACAAUUGGGCACCGGAGAGUUUGGCAUCGUACAGCAGGGCGUAUGGACGAACGGAUCGGAGAGGAUCCAAGUGGCCAUUAAAUGCCUCUGCCGCGAACGCAUGCAAUCAAAUCCCAUGGAAUUCCUUAAGGAAGCUGCUAUUAUGCAUUCCAUAGAACAUGAAAAUAUUGUACGCCUCUAUGGUGUGGUAUUGGCCACCGAUUCCCUAAUGUUAGUCACAGAAUUGGCCCAUUUAAGAUCAUUGCUGGAAUGUCUCAAAGACCCUGGACUGAGAGUGAGUUUUCUCACCGUACCAACACUGUGUGAAUUUGGCCUGCAAAUCUGUAAUGGUAUGCGUUAUUUGGAGAAUAAAAGAUUGAUACAUAGAGACUUGGCCGCCCGUAAUAUAUUGGUAUUCAGCAAAAACAAAGUAAAAAUAUCCGAUUUUGGUCUCUCGCGAGCCUUGGGUGUCGGCAAGGAUUAUUAUAAGACUAAUUUUAAUGUUAAUCUCAAACUGCCCAUUGCCUGGUGUGCCCCGGAAUGCAUCAAUUAUUUACGUUUCACAAAUGCCUCAGAUGUGUGGGCUUAUGGUGUGUGUUUAUGGGAAAUGUUUUCGUAUGGUUUUCAACCAUGGGCAGCAUUGACCGGCCUGCAGAUACUCGAGGCCAUUGAUGCUCCUAAUUAUCAGCGUCUGGAACAGCCGGAAUGUUGUCCCCGAGAAUAUUAUACCCUUAUGAUGAAAUGUUGGCAAGAUGAUCCCUCAAAGCGGCCCAAAUUUUCGGAGAUUUAUGAAAUGUUACCCGACAUGAAGCCAGAACAAUUAAAGGCUGUUGCCAAUUGCCUAGAGGCCAAAACCAAUGAGCAUUUAAUUUAUCGUCAAAAUGAGAUUAUCACAGUAUUGGAUCGUAACACCGGUACACCCUAUUGGAAGGGUGUAUUGAAUUCAGGUAAAACGGGAUUUUUUAAUCCAUCCAAUACCGUGGCAUAUGUCGAAGGUCUUCCAACUUUAAAUAGAGAUACAUUUACACGAAAUGCCAAUGAACGUAGCAGUAAACGUAAAUUACGCACUGAAAUGAUUUCCAAACCUCAAAACGAUUUUAAACAUACCGGCCAUGUUGGCAUCGAUGGAGCUUCCUUUGGUGAUAUUGCAUUUUUAGGUACCACACAAAAUUACAAUCACGUGCCACGACAAAUAGUCACCCCCUACAAACCCUCUGAGGAUAUUGAACAAACACCUCUGCUACUGCCACCCACACCAACUAGUCCUGACUCAUUGCAAACAGCAAGUGGAUAUUUCGCAGAUGAUUCAUCGCAUCACAAUUCCACGAUGAAUCCCUCAUUUAUACCCUCCACCGAAAAUACACCCAAACAAUUUAGUAACAAUGGUCAAACAACAACAUUUGAAUUUCCCUCCAGUAAUACAAAUCCGUUUACUCACAAAUCUAUGGAUGAUAGUACUUCAUCUGCAUCGACAUUGGCAUUACAGAAUAAUAAUUAUGGCAUUGAGGCCAAGGAGAAUUUGCUAUGGCGUCAUUCGGCGAUUACAAAUGGUUCAUCGGCAACAGGUGGCAGUGGUGGUGUUCAAUUUGAGGAACCUCAUGAAUAUCAUGAAAUAUCCGAUGAUGAAAUAACACCCGACAAAUUAGAUUUUGGUCCUUCGCUAUUGGAUGAAAUUAAUUCAAUGUUUGGUUCAAUGAGUGCCACGGCGUCAUCAUCAAAAAACUCGGAAUCUGAGUCACACAAUAAUAAGCGUAGUGAUUUCUCCGAUUUAACCUCAAAGUUAAUACGUAAAAACAGUGGUGGUCACAACUCCAAAAAAUCGAAAAAUUCCAGUGGCACUGUUAAACCCAUUUCGGUCAAGGAUGAAAAGAUACUCAAUCAGGCCAUUGAAAUUGCCAAUGAAAUUAGUGCCAGAUCCAUGUGCGAUUUGGUUUCCGAUCAAACACCCUCCACCCAAAGUCCCAAACGAAAAUUUAGUUUCCGUUUUCCCCAUCUAAGUGGUGGCCAUGGCAGCAGCGGCAGCGGUGACAAAAGCCAUGGUUCUAGUCUACAUAGUUCAGGCACAAGUGGCUCCACAACUAAUGUCAACUCUUUGUCACCACAUUCGAAAAAGAAAAACUUCACCGAAGAACUGAAGAGUAUACCAGAUUUACAGGCCAUAAUCGGUGAAGAAGGACGAGAAGCUUACAAUAGUUUGAUCGAACGUAAGCACAUUAUGGGAAUUGAACCGAACACCAUUACCACAAACACCAACACAUGUAUAUUACGAAAACCCGAUAGCGCACAAUUCCCCUUGAAAUCAGCCAAGACAUUGCCAAGACGUUCGUGUAACAUCAACAAGGAUAUGGAAUUUGGUAUGAUGAGUGGUGGAUCCACGCAUCACAUGGAAAGAUCAAAUUCACACAAUGAACAUGAAUUGGUAAUACCACCUCUACAAAAUGCACCCCGGCCAACAACAUUGCCCACACGAGGAGCUCGUGGUCGUAAGGCAGCUGAUUUGGGGUUAUUUAGAGAUGGAGGUGGAGGUGGUGUAGCUAGCAUGGAUAUCAAUAGUAAUAAUGCCACACACAAUAAUCGUCUUAGUGAUAAUAUAUCACCAUGUGAAAGUCCCAGUUAUGUGACCAAUACUUCGUCUUAUAAAUUCCCCGAAAAAGAGGCAGGAGGAGAUAGGACUCCCGAUGCUGACUUAAAUCCUCUGCCCGUACCACCCAAGGAUGGUAAAAAACACAUACAAACCAACGCCAAAAGGCAUGUGAGGAAAUACCCCCUAAUAAUACCAGCUAAUGGAGUGCAACGGACACUCAACAAGGUAAUGGGUGAGGAUCAACAAUCGGUUCUUAAGACCCUUGCAACAAGUAAUGGCGGCGGCUCAUCUUCCCUGACAAGAAAUAUGGCAACUGUACCCACCAUAAAACCCUUCAAUAUCAAUAAUAAUAAUAACAACAACAAUUGCUCCUCCUCGACCAUGGCAGAAUAUGAAAACACCACCAAAUUAUCGGUGCAUGCUCAAAAUGAAAGAACCUAUCAAAAUAUCGGCACUGAUGAUACAGCCUCUUUACAAUUCGAAUCCAUAUUGGAGGCCGAUUUCAAUAAAGAUCAGGUUCUGCAAUCACCCGAUGUUACCGAUGGUUUCUAUAAUUUUUCCAUACAAAAAGAUCAUUAUCACAAGAGUAAAGAAAUGGAAUUUGAGGCCCAGAAAUUGGCCGGAGGCCUAUACGUGAAUGAGGAUGAGCUGCGUAACUUGGAUAUUGAUAAGAAUUUGGUGAAGAUCAAUAAACAAAAUAUGGAAAAUAAGAAAUCCAAUGAAAGUUUGGAGGUGAAACAAAUCACAGCAACAACCACAACAUCAACACCAACUCCUCCACCCGUACCCACAUCGGCACCCCCCGAGGAGGCAACCUCAUUGGAACCUUGUCCACAAAACAAUGAAAAAUCUAAAAAUGAAAAUAAUUCCCCGGAAAGAUCAAUGACACCAACAACAACAUUAUCGUCAAAUGCUUCUUCAUUGACCCCCCAACUGUCGGAACGUACUGUAAAGUCGGCAAAAACAAGUCUAUCACCCUCUUCCAAAGCAGAUAAUGAGCUUGCUGGCAAUGCUCUUUUUCAAAGGGUAAGAGAAUCUGUUGACAAGGCCAUGGUAAAUAAGCCUCUGGAGGGUGCAUCCUCCUCCCUGGUGAAACCUUUAACUGAAGCUGAACUAUUUUCGGCAGCUGUAAAUCGUCUAAAUGAUUCGAAUUCAGUUAGUUGUGAGGAUCUUUUGGAAUUUUCUGAUAAGAAACCGAAGGGCCAUGAACGUGGCGUGGAUUCUGAUGAAGUUCGCAUCAUGAUGAAAGUUUUGGGAAAAGAUAGUUCACCCGAACGUUGUCUCAAAUCAUUGGAAUUCAUCGAAUGGGAUGUCCACAAGGCCAUUAAAAUCAUUAAGCUGCAAAAUAUCCUCAAGGAUAUGGAAUUGACGAUGCCUGAAACUGUAGAAUAUUUAUUGAAAUAUGACUGGGAUUUACAUACCACAGCGAGACGUCUCAAAAUGUCGAAGACUUGAUUAACAAA